AUGGCUCUUCAAACUUCUCUGUUCUCUUCAAAGUAUUUACAAGAGGAAGAAGCUCUAUCACAAGAAUGCAAGGAAUUGAUCUGCUCUCUACCUAAAGAAAAAGGUUGGAUUUUCUCUCAUAUAUACAAAUAUGAAGGCUUCUGGUAUAGUGCUAGGCAUCUUCAAGGAGUCAUUGCAUGUCAAAAGUACUUCCUUGCUCAGGAAUCUGAUAUUUUCCUUGUUACCACUCCCAAAUCAGGCACUACCUGGUUGAAGGCUAUCAUGUUCACCUUAGUGAACCGAAAGAGAUACCCUGUUAAGGAAAAUCACCCUUUACUCAACAACAAUCCUCAUAAUCUCGUCCCGUUCUUGGAAUUAGAAUACAUGGAUAAUCAACAGCCAGAUUUGUCCCUCUCUUCCUCUCCCAGGCUUUUUGCCACUCAUUUCCCCUAUUUUCUCAUGCCUAACUCAGUGCACGAUUCUGCGUGUAAGAUUGUUUAUCUUUGUAGGAAUCCUAAAGACAAUUUGGUUUCCCUUUGGCAUUUCGCAAAAAAAUUAAAGCUCCAGGCAACAGCGAUCCAUUCACUUGAAGAGGCUUUUGACAUGUUUUGCAGUGGAUUGAGCCCAUGUGGACCCUUUUGGGAUCAUGUGUUAGAUUAUUGGAACGAAAGCAAGAAAAAUAAUAGGAUACUUUUCUUGAAGUAUGAGGAUAUGAAAGAGGAGCCUGCUGUUCAUCUGAGGCGCCUCGCCGAGUUCUUGGGAUACCCAUUUUCGGCAGAUGAAGAAGAAACAGGAAUGGUGGGGGAAAUCUUGAAGCUGUGUAGUUUUGAUAAUUUAAGCAAUCUGGAUAUCAACAAGACUGACAAGAAAGCAUAUGGAAUGGAAAAUAAAUCCUUCUUUCGUCGAGGUGAGGUUGGAGAUUGGAAGAAUCAUCUGUCCACUGAAAUGACGAGGAAAAUUGACAAAAUUACUGAACAGAAGUUCAGUGAAGUUGGAUUAGUACUCUGA